UGCUGAAGUUUUCCUCCGAGGAGAGCACUUUUCAUGGUUUGUUCUGGUCUGAGUCACCUGUGCUAGAAUUAACACUCCUGAAGAGUGAUUCUGAAGAGCGGAAAAGAUGGUCGAUCCCACAGCCGAAGAGACUCUCUCCUCCACGUUCGAAUCCAGCCUCUGCGAUGAUGUCCAGGAUCUUUUCAACGACAUGAACAGCCAGAAAGGAAUGCUAGCAUGGAGCCUCCAAAGGAAGGUAGAAGACAAUCCUUCCUGCAGUGUUUCAUUAAUCCCAAUUCUGGUCAAAAAGCUGGAGGAGAUGCUAACAAAGGUUUCUAAGAGCCAUGAGAAAGAAACCUACAUGCCUAUCAUCCCAGUGCUGCACACUCUCUACUAUGUGGUCAUUCAGUCGGGUGUUACGCUUCAUAAAAGCCUUUAUCAGAACUUGUAUGAGUGUUUGGUGAAACUGCUGAUCCUGCCGUCGCCGUACUCCACUGUGGCUCUGCACACUCUGAGGAGCAUCAAGAUGGAAAUGACUGCACCAGGAUCUCUGUAUCUGAAGAGAGUCAUUGCAGAGCAAAAUAUGAAGAAUGAGCAUUUUGCCAUGCGGGAAAAAGUGUUUGUGCUUGCAGACCCAGCUGUGUUUUCUGCUCCACUGGAAGCUACAGUUAAAGCGUACCUGAACGUGGCGAGCUGGCUCAGAAACACACAAACUAUGGAGAAAACUGUGCUUUUCCAUGUGCUACAGACGGGGUUAGAAAUGACCUGCCAAAGCUCCAGACUGGCUCAAGCUCUUGAGGUUUUAGAGGACCAUGUUGUGAAGGAAUAUUUCCAGGAUGUGGUUCAAGCUGUGAACCAGUGUUUAAAUGAUGGUCCGGGUGGUCGUGGGCACUAUCUGAACCAACUGAAGCAGAUAAACAAAAGCAUCCUGGCUGCCUCUAACAAAGAAAUCAUAAAUGGUGGUGAAGGCCCUGUGUACAGCACUACAAUGCCUUUACCAGAGAUUAAGUUCCUCACGUGGAAAGAUGAAGCGAUACUAUGGGAUCUGUUGGCAGAGUUCACCCUAAAUUCUGGCUCAAAAAGGCUCUCAAGAGACAGUGGAAUAAUGAAAAAUCUAAAGGUGCCUGACUCAGAUGAUACAAAGCAGCAUCCUGACAGAUCUCCAAAGCAACAAGAACGGAGAAAUGCCUGGAGGAAAAGACAGUCUUUAGACCAGCUGUUUCUAAUGACGGAGAAGAUUGAAGUGGGUACUGGAAACGCCUCUCUACGAAAAGAGGAGCGAAGUUGCACGGCUCGAGUGGUGAUAAUGGGCAACGACUGUACGCUGGGAAGGCUCACCAGGGCUUAUUAUGCCAUACGCGAGAAAGAGUCCAAACGUAAUAUGUUGACCAAGAAACUUGACCUGCAGUUGUACUACAUCCCGGUCUCUGGUGUGGAGCCUUCACUGAGUUCACCUGAUGACAGCAGAUUGUCUUUGGCCUCCUGUUUGGACAGAGUGGAUCCAUGGUACAGUGUCAACAUUAGCAGUCUGGGAGCUGCAAUCCCCACGCUACCUGAAUUGCCUCCUGUUUACAAUAAACCAUCAGAGCUGAGCCUUUACCUGUUGGACACCAUGUGUUACUACCUGCGCUGCGGGACACAGCCAGUUAACCUCCCGGUCUAUUCAGUUAAGAUGACCCCUUGCAACUCUGAUGCAACCUCAGUGGAGGAGCUGUUUGUGUCCCAUCUGGAGGCCGACAUCCCAGAGUUCAGACACCUUAAAGACCAGCAUUUGAAGGAACCCUCUGUGCGUCAAAAGAAGUCAUCUGCGGAACUCUUUGGAGUGGUUCUCUCAGUCAGUUACACAAAGACCUCGAUGAGCAAAAGAAAUGUUAAAGGAGAGGCGGCUAUGACAUGGCGUGUGGUGAUUACAUCAGAGCCAGCAGCUUCAGCGUCAGGGGAGAAUUACCUGAUAGCAAGAUUUGACAGUUUGAACCCAGCAUACAACACAAAAAUCCAAACUCAAAACAUCAGCAUCAAGACAAUGGAGCAUCGAACACUGUGUGUGUGUCUGGACAAGGACCCUAGCAGGACAUACACUGAUAUCCAAAGAAUAGAAAUCUCUCCGUGCUUGGACCCAGGAUGCAACAUUCGAUCCAGGCGCAGCAUCGGCAACGAGCAAGAGCUGCCGUUUAACAAGUAUCUGGACAAAGUCCUGUCAGUGCCAAUCAACACCUUCUCUGGUGUGACCAUCUGAGGGACAUAAACUGCUUCAUAUGUACAGUCAUCUGCAGGACAUAAUGUUACAUUAACAAAAUAUCCAUCCAUCCAUCCAUCCAUCCAUCCAUCCAUCCAUCCAUCCAUCCAUCCAUCCAUCCACUUGAUAUUUUGGAUUCAAAUUCUCUUGCUAACUGAAUUCUAAAUAACCACAAAUAAUGUAAUAAGAAAGAACAGUCAGUGGUGGACUAAGUACUGAGAGCCUUUAUUUUAGAGGAUCUCUCACUAACCACUCGAGCGACUGUGGCUCAGAAGGUGGAGCGGGUCAUCUACCAUUCUGAAGGUCAAUUAUUCGCUCCUCAGAUUCCCCGCUCUGCAUGUCGAAGUAUCCUUGGACAGGAUACUUAACCUCGAGUUGUCCCUGGCGCGUCCAUCAGAGUGUGUGUGCAAAUGUUAGACAAGGUGCUGAGGUAUAAAGGGAAAACAGAACUACUGUGAAUGGAUGUGUGAUUGGGUGGAUGAGGAUUGUAGGAAAAAGCACUUUGAGUGUUCAGUUAGAGUAGAAAAGUGCUGUGUAUAUAUAAGUACCAGUCCAUUUACCAUUUGCUGUGCUUCAAAGGCACAGUACUACAAGAAA